AUGGGGCUUCUUAACAAUGUUCACAAUAAUAAUGUUCAGGAAAACUUUCCUUAUGAAAGUUAUCCUUCCACUGUCGACAUUGGCGCCUCAGAAAUCCUUCCUUUUAGUUCCCAACAGUCUGAGGCUCCAUCCCAACCUCAGGACACACCUGUGGAGCGUAUGGUGAGAAAGAAAUGGACGCCGCGUGAUGACGAGGUUGUGAUUAGUGUGUGGCUUAACACAUCAAAGGACGCCAUUGUCGGAAAUUCUAUGAAGUUACAGACCUUCUGGAAACGCGUUGAUGAGUACUUUGCAGCAACUCUUCAUGAGAAGAUAGAGAAUGUUCAUUGUAAGCAGAGGUGGCACAGAAUCAAUGAUCAAACGAAUAAGUUCUGUGCCGCAUUCGCUGCUGCAGAGAGACAAAUAACCAGCGGUCAGAGUGACAAUGAUGUCCUAAUGCUGGCUCAUGAAAUCUUCUACUCUGAUCAGGGUCAGAAGUUUACCCUCGAGCACGCGUGGUGUGUCCUGCGGCACGAACAAAAGUGGAUAAGCCUUAACACACCUACGCCCACCGGUUCAAAGAGAAAGAGUGGGGAGGUCAGUUCCCAAACUUCAAGCACAGCUGUGGGUGAGGUCAGUUCCGACUCUUCAAUGCAUCCUGAAGGUAUCAAGGCUGCGAAAGCAAGCAGGAAUAUUAGAAAAGGAAAGGUUAUUGAGGACUAUAAGACCAUUAUGGAGGGCAAGAUGGAAGAACUGGCGAGGAAGGAGAAACUGUCGAAGCUGACGAUAUUAGACACUUUCCUUGCUAAGAAGGAUCCACUAAGUUUGAGUGAAGAAACUGUUAAGAACAAGCUGUUGGUCGAUCUGUUAUAG